AUGGAAUGUACUUCGCGUGUUAGACUUAUGACGGGCUUAUUCAAUGACUAUAUCGUUUUUCUCGCUGGGACUGUUUAUUCAAGGACUAUCUGGAGUGUAUUCAAUGCAUUUUUUGGUGGUGUAGAUACAGAUGAGGAGAAUUCGAACAAGAUUUCCGACGACGAAAGUCGCCAUCAGUCGAAUAGCGACCGAGAAAACUCUGCCGGCAAAGACGUCGGCGGUGAGGAUAACAAUGAGAUCAUGGUCGAUCCCUAUACUCAAGAGAAGAAACGUAAGCCCACUGAUAAUCGCGUUGGCUGGAGUUAUCAAAUAGAGGGCGAUCCUAGUACUGAAGAAGGCUACAAGAAGUAUUUGCAAAAAGCGCUCGAAUACAUCAGAAAUCUCAGUAAUCAAGACCACGGCCUCGGUUAUGGCGGCGGCCCUGCUUACACGCAGUUGCACCAGCGUUUUGGAGAAUAUAAUAAUUACGGAGAGCUUCUUUGGGAUGAUGGUGAAGGAGAUGAUCUUGAUGGUGGUGAUCCAGAUUAUGACGGUGAUUUUGAUGAUGCAGAUUUUGAUUAUGAUUAUUGGGGUGGUCAUGAUGAAUUGAAAUGA